AUGUCCGAUUUACUAAAAAAAAUAGAAUCAAAAAAACGAUGUGAGCGAUAUUCUGCGAAAAAACUUCCAUCUUUCCCAAAAUGUAAGCACAAAACGAAUUCUACUUUUAAAUGCCUUACACUAAAAACGCAAGAUGUUGCUCGGUUUCACCAGAAUUUCUACAAAUUGAACAACAAAGUCAGCCAAGACAACUUUAUACUAAAACAUUGCCGUCUCUCCAAAUGCCACAGAAAAAGGCUCAAAGAUCAGUCUAGAGGACCAAAGAAUUUAAGUGCAGAAUACUAUGUCACAAUAAAAAAUCCUCACAAACAGGUCAGGGUAUGCAAAAGUGCUUUUAUUAAAAUAUUACAAGUGGGGAAAGAUAGAGUUACAGGCAUUCUACAGAGAUCUUAUAAAGAUGGAGGCAGUGUUGCUAAAGAGAAUCGAGGUGGAAACCACAAAAAAGAUCGAUAUGCGCAGAGGCAAAGAAGUGUAAUGACAUUUAUUGAGUCCAUAGAAGCAGCUGAACCUCAUUACUGCAGGGCCAAAUCCUGA